AUGAUACACAGAGAUGACGUUAAUGUCACCCAGUUCGGGUUGAUAUUUGUUCCUGAGGGGAAGAUCCCCCCUGGUGACAGUUCUGCUCACACGUCACAGCUGCAGUCAUCCCAUUUCCCGCCGUCGCGGAGUGACGUCAUCAUCGAUCAGGCCAUGGCCGGGUUCCCGGGCACUCCUCACCAAGGGGCAGGCCCCUCGGGUUCCCCACACACUGCAUUGGGUCUCUCAAGGACCCCAUAUCCCAUAGGGGCCACAUUUGGCUCCCCACACCCGGUAUCCGGAGUCCCACCCCACAGGCCCGGGUUUCCGGGCGCUCCGCACUGGAUAGCGGGUCUCUGUGGAACUCCCAGCCCUAGGACGGGUUUCCCGGGAUCGCCGUGUUCUAGACAGGGUAUCUCAAGGGCCCCGAGCCCCAUAUCGGGUGUGUUUGUCACUCCGCAGCCCGCUGCGGGUGUCUGUAAUACUCCGCCCCGUGCAGCAGACUUUUCACACCCCAGAGCAGGUGUCUCUGGUACGCCACACCCCAGAGCGGGUGUCCUGUGUCGCAGGUGGGCGGUGUCGGACAGUUCGGGCUCUUUGUGUUACUCUGGCCGGGAAUCCCCUCCUCCAUCCGGGCCACUAAGGGCCCCAUCGCCGCUGGUGACUUCAAAAGAGCCGGGAGGCCACAGCCCCACCCACAGAUCUGGCCCCUCCCAGGGGCCCCGCAGUACCCCCAUCUCUGGGGCCAGCAACAGUGGAGAGCAGAACAGGGAAUCCUAUUUUGCGGACAAAAGUUCGGUUGCAGAAAACGCGAGUGCCUUUAACUUCACCUCAUCUUCCAGUUCUUCCAGGAAAGAUUCCAGCUCUUCUCGAUGUGGAAGACCAACAGGAGGAUACUUCUCAAAGUCUAAACUCCAGACUCCUGUUACCGGCUAUUCAGCGACUACAUCAUCUGCAUUAUCCGCGCAGUCUACAGCCUCAGCCAUUGUAGCCAUUGUGGAAGGACGAGGACUUGCCAGUGGAGAGAUAGGAAUGGCUAGUUUGGAUCUGAAAAACCCUGAUGUUGUCUUAUCGCAGUUUGCGGACAGCUCCAUAUAUGUCAAGGUGAUAACGAAACUUCAGAUUCUAGCACCGCUGGAAAUCUUGAUGUCAAACACGGCUUGUGAAGGUGGCAAAACAACAGAACUGUUCCGUCUGAUCACUGAAAACUUUAAGGAUGUAUCUAUUACUACUGUACAGAGGAAAUAUUUCAAUGAAACCAAGGGUCUGGAAUACAUUGAACAACUGUGUGCCCCGGAAUUUAGUACAGUGCAGAUGGAAGUUAAAUCUAAGUAUUACUGCUUGGCUGCUGUUGCUGCUUUGCUGAAAUAUGUUGAAUUCAUGCAGAAUUCAGUCUACGCUCCCAAAUCUCUCAGGAUCCGAUUUCAAGGAAGUGAGCUGACCGCCAUGAUCGAUUCUGCAUCUGCCCAGAACCUUGAACUUCUGGUGAAUAACAGAGAUUCUAGGAAUAAUCAUAGCCUUUUUGGGGUACUAAAUAAUACUAAAACACCAGGCGGGAGCCGUAGGCUCAGGGCAAAUAUCCUGGAGCCUCUUACUGACCUUCAGACCAUAAACACAAGGCUGGACUGUGUUCAGGAGUUUCUGGAAAACGAGGAGCUUUUCUUCAGCCUGCAGUCAGUCCUUUCCAGAUUUUUGGACACAGAACAGCUGCUGUCCAAUCUUAUUCAGAUUCCAAAACAGGAUACAGAAAAAGCUGCAGAUACGAAGAUCACAGUUCUAAUUUCACUGAAGCAUACUCUAGAGCUUGUAGAGCCCCUAAAGGUUGUACUGAAAAACUGUAAGACACCGCUACUCAAAGCUUAUUAUUCUUCUCUAGAGGAUGAAAGGUUUGAUCUCAUGCUCGAAAAAAUUAAAACGGUUAUAAAUGAUGACACCAGAUACAUCAGAGGAUGCCUCAAUAUGAGAACUCAGAAGUGUUAUGCAGUUAAGCCGAACAUUAGUGAGUUCCUCGACAUUGCCCGGAGGACAUAUGCAGAGAUCAUAGACGACAUUGCUGGAAUGAUAUCACAGCUAUCUGACAAGUAUAACUUAUCGCUAAGGACAAGUUUCAGCACCGCACGGGGAUUCUUCAUCCAGAUGAACGCUGAAGGAAGUAUGCAGCCGUCUCUUCCUGCAGAAUUUAUUAAGGUGACGCGAGUUAAAAACACUUACAGCUUCACAACAGUCGAUUUAAUUAAGAUGAAUGAACGAAUCCACGAAUCGCUGAGAGAAAUCUACCACAUGUCUUAUAUCAUCGUGUGUAAGCUGCUUAGUGAGAUCUACGAGCACAUCCACUGCCUGUACAAGUUAUCGGACGCAGUCUCUAUGCUGGAUAUGCUGCUUUCUUUGGCUAGUGUUUGCACGUUGUCAGAUUAUGUUCGUCCAGAAUUCACAGAUACAGUGGCGAUAAAACAGGGCUGGCAUCCGAUAUUGGAGAAGAUCGCCUUGUCGAAACCAGUUCCCAAUGACACGUAUCUAAGUGAGGGAAGUAAUUUUGUCAUACUCACCGGGCCAAAUAUGAGCGGAAAAUCAACAUACUUAAGACAGAUUGCGCUUUUCCAGAUAAUGGCACAGAUAGGGUCCUUUGUUCCAGCUGAAUAUUGUUCCCUACGAAUUGCUAAACAGAUAUUUACACGGAUUGGAAUGGAUGAUGAUAUUGAAACAAAUGCCUCAACUUUCAUGAGGGAAAUGAAGGAGAUAACAUACAUAAUCCAGAAUGUAAAUGAGAAGUCACUGAUAAUAAUUGAUGAAUUAGGAAGAGGAACAAGUGCAGAGGAAGGCAUUGGGAUCUGCUACGCAGUGUGCGAACACCUUCUUGGUUCAAAGGCCUUUACACUUUUUGCAACCCAUUUCUUGGAGCUAUGCCAUCUAGGUUCAAUGUAUCCAAACGUGGAAAACUUUCACUUUGCUGUAAAGCCUCCAUCAGACAAGUCCGGGAAUAAGAACUCUAUGGCUUAUACCUACUUGCUAUCCAAAGGGCAGACGAAAGAGAAGAAUUAUGGUUUAAAAGCAGCCUCACUUUCAUUCUUACCAGACUCCAUAAUGAAGGACGCCAGUGAAAUCUCCAAGUUUGUCGCAGACAAGAUCCUGCAAAAACAGAGCAGCACCCCGGAGAGCAGGAGAAGGAUGGCAGCCUAUCAGCUAGCUCUAAGGCUUGUACAGGCAGCAAGGAACUCCAAACUGGACCCUGAGAGUCUGAGGACAUACCUGAAACAACUGAAGACGAAAUACAAUUGUAACUUCACCGCUUCUUGCCAUUUAUCUACAGAGUCCAGCGGAUAA